UAAGAAGCGCACCCAGCGGGCCGGAUGCCUUGGAGCACUUGCCUAGUGCAAAUUGUUUUUGCCGCUCUUAGGUCGCAGGCGAACUUGCCGCUGCUCCUCGACCUACAGAGAGGCGGGCCACUGCCGCCUGGCUCCGGCUCGCUCGCCGCGCUGCGCUCGCUCUACGCCGGAUUCACCACCAACCUGUCGCUCAAGCUGCCCUACAUGGCGUUUGCGUUUGGGCUCAACGCUCUCAACAGCCGCGUCCUCUCGGCCUGCGGUGGUAGCCUCUCCGAGACGGCAAGGGAGCUUGUGUCGGCCGCUCUCGUCGGUGUGGAGGUGUCGCUCUUCCUCUCUCCGCUCGAGAUGGUCCGCAUCCAAGGGCAGAACCGAGGCAUGGGCGGCCUCCUCUCCGCUUCCCGCGCCGUCGCCGCCACCGCCGGCGGCGGCGGCCUCCUCGCUGCCGCCGCCGCCUGGUCGCGAGGGAUGACUGCGACCGUGCACCGCGAGAGCAAGUAUUGCGUGGGCCAAUUCUUCCUCUGCGGCAAGAUUGCAGAGGCGGCCUCGCGAAGCGCGGGAGCCGUUGGAGGCGAGGGCGGCGGCGAGGGAGGCGAGGGCGGCGGCGAGGGAGGCGACGGCGGGCCGAGGCUCGCUGCGCAGGUGGCGGGCGCCGUCCUCGGAGGCGUCGCUUGCACGGCGGUGAGCCACCCCGACGACGUCAUCAAGACGCGGAUGCAGACGCAUCUGCGCGGCUCGCCACACUUCUCCGCCUACCCGAGCUACUCACGCAGCGGGCUGCACAUCCUGCGGCACGAGGGGCUCGCCGCCCUCUUCAAGGGCUCCGCCUUCCGCUGCCUGCUGCGCGUGCCGCUCGGGCUCAGCCUGAUCAUCUGCUCGGGCGAGGCGAUCCGAGAGGGCGUGGCGGAGCGGCGGAGAGGGCGGGGCGGCGAGUGCGUCCAGACGGGGUCUAGCUGAGGCCCAAAGGUCGGUGGGCUUAUAAGAGCAAAAAGAAAUAAAC